AUGCAGAGUUUACCCACCACAAAGAAACGUCGAUUGGAAUUAAAAGCUGCCAGGUUGUCUAAAGAAGCAGCGAGGAAUGUACUAGAAGGUCAAUCAUAUAAGUCAGAUAUUGGUCUUGAGGAGGAUGUUGAUCUUGAUGACAUUGAUCCAGAGCCUCUUAGGAUUUCUCCAGAGAGCAGCUGCUUGAUGUAUUUUGAUUUAGAAACUACUGGACUUAGUAGAACAUCUGACAUCAUACAGAUUGCUGCAGUUUGUGAAGAUAGGUCAAUCAAUGUUUAUCUCAACCCCAGUGUACCAAUCUGUAAAGAAGCAUCGGCUGCAACAGGUCUCAGAUAUGACAUGGGACAGCUCACUCUUCAUGGAGAGCCUGUGCCUUCAACAGAUCAAGUCAGUGGUUUGACCCAGUUUGUAGACUUUACAACAGAUUGUGCUUCAAAACCAGUCAUUGUGGGCCAUAAUAUUCAAAACUUUGAUCUUCCAAUUCUUCAAUAUCACUUGCAGCGACAUGGUCUACUUAAACGAUUUGAUGAAAAUGUUUUAGGUUUUUUGGAUACAUACAAACUUGCACAGAAAGUGUUUGACAAGAAAACAGUGGGAAAUUUUAAACAAGAAACAUUGGUCAGAUUGUGUUUAGGGAAAAGUUACGAUGCACACAAUGCUCUAGCUGAUGUUUGUAGUUUACGAGAACUGUACGAGUCAAAUUUAGCAUUCAAAUGUGAAUCUUCAGAUAUAUUUAAUAUGAAUUAUUAUAAUGUCAAGUCCUCACUAAUUCCAUUGAUACAAAGCAAAGUAAUUUCUACACUGAUCUCUAAAAGGCUUACAGCUAACAAUCUAAGCUUAAACAAGCUAAAACUCAUACAUAAGCGUGACCCCCAUUGUGGGAUUCAGACUGUCUUUAGUGAGGUUGUGUCUGGUUCAAAGACACCAAGAAUUACGAAGUCUCAGAAGAUCAUUGGCAAAGUUGUGGAGUAUUUGAACUCUUGUGUUGGAUGGCCUUCCUCUGAGGCUGAUUACUUUGGUACAGAGAUGGUAAGAUCCAGGCUAUAG